GAAUAGAUAAUUGUCGCUUGCAUGGUAUUUAAGGUGGCAAGGCCGAGGUUUCUCAUAGUGGUCAGUGGAAGUUUGUAGAGACAAGAACAGAAAUUUUGUUAAAUAUCGUGCAAAAUCGUAAAAUCGUGUGAAAAUGUCUUACAAACUUUACUAUUUCGACGCUCGAGGUCUUAAUGAGCCACUGAGGAUGAUAUUUGCCUUGGGAGGUGUGGAAUACGAAGAUGUCCGUAUUCCGCUUGGAGACAUACCCCCACCCCCCACGAUUCCGGCAGAAAUUAAAGAAAAAUGCACGUGGGGCCAGGUCCCAAUGCUGGAGUUUGAUGGUCGCAAAAUCUGCCAAUCAUUAGCAAUGCAGCGUUAUUUUGCCAAGAAAUUCAAUCUGGUGGGUUCCGAUGACUGGGAAGCUGCCCAGAUCGACGAGUAUGUGGAUUCGUCUAAAGACUUUUUGCAAGUGUGGGUGCCUCCAUUAACGGAAAAAGAUCCCGCUAAGAGAGAAGAACUUAUAAAGGAAACGAAGGCCAAAACCGUGGACAAAUAUCUCAAAACAUUCGACAAGAUUAUCAGCGCCAACGGUGGAAAACGUCUCGUGGGGAAGAAUCUUUCCUGGGCAGACCUCUGGUUGGCCCAUGUCCUCAACAAUCUCGAACUCGUUGGUGGGGUCAAAUUGGCAGAAGGUUUUCCAGCCUUGAAGGCCUUGUGUGACACCGUUUUUGCCACGCCAGAGAUCAAAGCUUGGGUUGAGAAACGGCCCAAAUCCAAAUUUUAAACAUACAUUUUUUCAAGAGUAAUUCUUGUGUAAUUCGAUCAAUCAAAUUAUUCUACAUGGCAAAUAAAACAUGUCAAAAUUUAA